AUGUUCCAGGCGCCGGCCAAACAGACCGCGACCGAUACUAUCAGCACCCUCUGCGGCCGUCUCUCAAGCGCAACCCUCCUCGAGGAUCGACGUGCGGCUAUCCUCGGUCUGCGAAGCUUCGCAAAAGAAUACCCGGCAUCUGUAGCCUCUGGGGCUCUGCGGGAGCUGAUUGCGGCUUUGAACAAAGAUGCAGAGGAUGUGGACACAAUCAAGGUGGUGUUGGAAACGCUGUUGAUGCUCUUCAACCCGAAUGAGCAAAGUCCUGAAGCUUCAGAGGAGAUUGCGCUUUGGCUGGCCGAUGAGUUCACACAGCGGCAAGAUAACAUAUCCAUUCUCCUUGGCCUCGUCGAGACCGACGACUUCUACUCGCGCCUUUACUCGCUCCAACUCAUACGAGCCAUCUCCGACGCACGACCCGAACGCACACAAGAAUGUAUUCUUCCUGGGGUAGGGAAGGUAGUGGCCACGCUGGACGAUCAGCGAGAUGCCGUCCGCACUGAAGGCCUGAUACUUCUAAACGACCUAUCGCGAACCUCGGAAGAGCUCCAAAAGCUUAUCGUUUUCGAGAAUGCCUUCGACAAGGUCUUCAACCUCAUCCAGGCCGACGGCUCGCUCACACAGGGCACAAUCGUCGUCCAGGACUGCUUGUCGCUGCUUGCCAACCUCGUGAGAUUCAAUACCUCGAACCAGACCGCGUUUCGGGAGAUGGGACAUGUAGCAAAGCUAGCAGCCCUGCUUCCUGGGGCCAAGAAACCCAAGAAGGCGCGAUCGAGCAUUGAAGACGAGGAUGACUGGGUCAGCCCACAAGCGGACAAGAACCUCUGGGGGCUGCUGGCAAUUUUGCGCAUGUUUUUGGUUCGUGGAAGCAUCAGCACGCUUCCCAACCAAAACGCAUUCGUGAAGCAUGGCAUACUGCAGCAAGUCGUCAACAUGGCUUUCGGUCCUGCCUCGGCAAUACCCAUCAAGAUUGAGUCUUUGAAUGUUUGUGCAGAUUUGAUAAGAGGAAAUGCUCGAUUACAAGAAGGCUUCGCGCAAUUACAAGUGCGGCCCAUCGCCGGACCCGUCACCAAUGGUACCACCUCCCCGAACGAACCAUCGACCGUCUAUAUCAUCGAUGCGCUUCUCGAUCUCGCUCUUACUCCAGCUUCCAAUGACAUGUUCGAUGUUCGUUUUGCCGCUUGCGAAUGCAUCAAAGCUUACAUCUUCAACCACCUUCAGAUCAAAACCCACUUUCUUAGGAGAGCCAUCGGCGGUCACCUUGAUGGUGCUGAUGAAACGGCAAAUGCACUCACCACACUGAUUACUGGACCGCAAGGCUCACAAAUGAUUGAUCCCUACCGGACCUGGUUCGCUGCGGUUCUCGUAUUUCACCUCAUCUACGAUGACCGCGAAGCCAAGAACGAGCUCAUGCAGGUUGUCGAAGGUGAUGCAGAAAGUGGCGAGGAAGUCGUUACAUGCAUCCAAACUCUGACUGGAAACCUAAUCGCGAGCUUACAAUUAGGGGAAGACGAGCGGAUACCCAUUGCGUAUCUCAUGCUGUUGUCCGGAUGGCUCUUCGAAGACGCUGCAGCUGUCAACGACUUCUUGGGAGAAGCUAGCAGCCUCCAAACCCUCAUCCAAACGAUACAAAAGCCUGGCAGUGACUUGACGGUCGUGCGCGGCUUGUGCGCUUCGCUGCUUGGCAUCAUCUAUGAGUUCUCCACGAAAGACUCGCCGGUGCCAAGACGAGACCUGCAGCCUCUUCUGACUUCAAAACUGGGUCGCGAGAAGUACCUCAAUGCCAUCGCGGAACUGCGCCAUCAUCCGGACGUUCGCGACUUUGAAGUGAUGCCGCAAGCGUCAGGAGGCGCUCUGGCCAGUGUCUUCUUCGAUGAGACCUUUGUGGACUUCUUGAAGGACAACUUUAGCCGCCUAUCUCGCGCCAUUGACCGGGAUCCCGUCAUUGAGAUUCUCCAGUCGCACGAUGGUAUUGAUCGUGAUCUUGUUGAUUCGUUGCGGGGGCAAAUAGACGAGAAGCAACACGCCAUCGAGCAGCUACAAGCCGAAAAGUUGACGCUGGAACAGAAGGUGAACCAAGAGCAAGCAGAACGGCGAAAGAUUGAGGACUCGUCCCAGCAACAACUACACAACAUCAAGCGCAUCAAUGAAGAACUUCAUCGAAACCAUGAAAAAGACGUGAGGAAGUCGGAACGCGAACACAAGCAGGCUUUACUUGAGCUGGAGAACAAGUACAACUUGCAGAUUGCCGCCUUAAACAACAAAGUGCAACAGGCUACCAAGGAAAUCUCGGUUGCUGUGGCAAAUACAAAACGCGAGUACGAUGACAAGCUUCGUCAGGAAAGCAGGGCUCGUGGGGAGGUAGAGCAGCGGUUAAGUGCGUCAGAACGCAGUCUACAGGAUGCAGGGCGUGCCCAUCAGGAGGCAUUAGAUGCCAACAAGGCGCUCGAAGACCAGCAUCGCGACCGAAUCAGUUCGCUCGAGCAGAGACAUCGCGACGAAAUCGGAGCUAUCGAUCUAGAAAAGGGCACGCUCGAAACGCAAAUUCAAGAAGGCGAAGCCCAAAUCAAGAAGCUCAGAACCGAGAAAGACGCCCUGAAAGCCAUUGCGGAUAAGGCCACGUCUAAUGCGAAGGAUCUCCAGUCCACCAUUGAUAAGCUAAAGGCGGAAGUCCAAGAUGUCAAGACCAAGAUGCAAGACCAGACAUGGAAGGUCAAGGACGCAGAGGAGAAGAUGCGCAAGGCCGAGGCAGCGGCCAAGGAGAAAGAUGGGAAGCUCAGCAAAGCUGAGGCGGCGGUCAAGGAGAAGGAAGAGGCGCGCGCCUCGGCGCAGACUGAGCUGGAUGAUCUCUUUGUUGUGCUUGGGGACUUGGAGGAGAAGAGAGCGCGGGACAAGAAGAGGCUCAAGGAGCUUGGAGAGGAAGUGUCGGAGGCGGAGGAUGACGAUGAAGACGAGGAUGAGGACGAAGACGAAGACGAAGACGAAGACGAGGCCGAAGAAUAG